CUCCGGUCCCUCCCGGUCCCCAUGUCCCGUCCGGACGCCCCGGCAGACUCCGACCCCCGGUACCGCGGGAGCCUGCAGCACCCCGCCGGCUCCCGGCAGCCGCACCCCCUGUACCGGACCAGCAGCCAGGCCUACGGGAGCAGAGCCCCCACGGUGCACGAGAUGCCGACCACCUUGCACGUCACCUCACAUGCGUUUUCGAACACUCUGGCACAGUAUGGCAUGUACAGAAAUAACGGGCUCAACACCUACCUGGACAAGAGCCACGUCACCGGCCCAGACAACUUCAUCACCCCCCAUGACACCCUCAACUUCCAUCCCAGCUACAACGCCAGCGGGCCGUCGUACUGUUAGGGCUGCGGCACCAGCAGCUGUAAUACCAACCCGCUUCAGUUUAGUGCUGGUUGCAUAGGUAAAAAAACAAAUCCCCCCCCCAAAAAAAACAAGCAGGCAAACAACAGCACUGACCUUACCCUAAAUCUGUGAUCACAACAGAAACGUAGGCUGUGCGCAGGGAAUUAAGUGGGUAAGCAAGUCGGUGUGACAUCCACAGUGUUGAGAGAGUCCUAAACUUAAUCUCCUGUUUGGAGCUGUUGUCUUAAUAAAGAAACACAUGCAGGAAAAUAA